AGGUGGUUCAUAUCCUAGAAAAUUUAAUGAAUUGUUUCGAAACAGUGUUGUGUGAAAUGCAGUGAAAGAACUUCAAAGAAGCCUUUUAUUUUGUAACGAAACAUUAACCAAUCAUGACUAAAACACGUUUUAUUGACUGCUUUUGGGUAAGUAGCUUGUUUGCUAUUUUCACCCGUAAUAAAGGGUGGUAAAUAUUACAUAUUUUUACGGUGAGAGCGAGUGUCCUGCUAUAAAUGUAUCAUAUUGUAAUAAGGAAGUAAGCGAAACAAGCCAAAAGGAAGCCAGUCCAGCUAGUCAACGUUUGGGAUUUGAAAUUGUUGUAUCCUAUGGAUUGCAAGUUGAUAUUUAAAGGAAAAAUCGAAAAUGAUAGAUCAUUUUUCGAAUUCGUAUGACAUUUUGUGUGUUAGUUUGUUUAUAUUGUGUAGUUCCUGCAAAAUGUCCGGUGUAUAUAUCAUCCGUCGACAGAGGUCGGCAAUUUAGGUUACCCUAAACAAACUAGAUUGGUUAUAAAUUACACAAAUGUCUCGUAGAUUAAAAAAAUUCAGUUUUACAGUGGUUCCGAGGUUGCUUAGAAACUGUUCUUGCCAAUAUUUCAGUGUUCUGAUUUCAUCUGCUAUAUGGUUGUGUGGUUUGUUGUUUAUCUUGUUUCAAUUUUGUUGUAAAAUUAAAUAUUAAGCGAUUCUUGUGGGUGUCAUAUAAUGUUUUUUAAAGCGCAGCACUUUAAUUAAUAAUUGAAACUUUUGUCAAAAUCUAAACUUUGUUAUAAUUACACCACCCUUUUCCUGUUAAAGGAUUUGGAUUAAUAAUAAUUUUAAUUGCUCCUCCCACUUCACACUUAAGGGACAAAAAUUCUUGUCACCAAAUUUUGUUAAAGAAAUCCCCUGACAAGUAAUAGGUUAUUAACCAUAUAUACAGUGUCAAUAGGUUAAAGGGACACGGUAGAAACUCAUGCAUACCAAAUAUAAUUUCCCCUUCACAAAUAAAGUCAUUUUGGGGGGGGGGGGAGGGGGACAGUGUAAAUAACAAAGGGUCACAUCAUUGGAUCACAUUGCAACUAAAUGAGUUAACUGCAAUGCUCCCAAUGAGCCCUAGAUUGUUUUAUAAUCCCUAGAUUGUUUUAUAAUCCCUAGAUUGUUUUAUAAGCCCUAGAUUGUCUCCUUAGGAGGAGACCAUCUGGUAAUAAGGGUUCUGAAUCCAUGAGUAUUUAUUCUUCAGUAUUUGCUGCCAGGCUUGUGGGAUGUUAACCUUGAAUCUGCACAUGCUCAAACUGUACUGUGAUAUAAUUUAUUCAUAUAUAAAACUACCACAACCAUCAACAAAAAUUGUUAUAUACAUAUCUGGGCACACAAACACAGCAACAUGUACUAAUAAUGCAUGUCCACAUGAUUCUGCAAUCAGUUCUUCCAAUUUAAAAAAAAACUCUUUAAAUUCCCAUAAAAAAUUCCAAAUUCCUUGAUUAAUCAUAGAGUGCUAGCACUCUCUCCUUGACAGGUAACUUGUCUGGCAUUAGACAGAGUAAAAUAACAGAGUAGGGCACAUUAGGGUGACUAAAUUGGUUAACUAGACAUGUGGGCAUAGUGUGAUUAAGCCUUUGAGUACCAGCACUCUCCCCUUGACAGCCAAAAUUGUCUAGUGUUUAAGACGGAGUAAAAUAAUAAAGUAGGGUGCAUGGACAUGGGCGAAACUAGGACCUUUUAAUUAGGGGGUAUCUGGCAGAAUUGCCCUGCCAAAACCAAUGAUGCCCUGCAGCCUACAUACAAUAUUACACCACUAAGCUAUGUGUAUAAUUGAACUGCCGAUGCCAAUGUAUAUGCAUACAAACUGCUUAUUGUUUGCUAGCUGUAAAAAGUUACUUAAUAACUCUACAUUCUAUCAUUUAAAAUUAUACUCAUUUCAUACAUACUCAAUUCAUUUAUUUAAUUUUAUUGGAAAUUUUUUCAUUUUAGCCCACAUGUCCAGAACAACGUCCAACAUCUUUGAUUGCCCUGCCAAUCAAGAUGAUUUGUAUUUUUUUUGGGGGGGGGGCAAACCCCAACCCCUCGCGUUUCGCUCCUGUGCCUGACUGCAUGGAAGAUAGAUUGCAGCCUUUGUACAAAGUCAAAUAAUAUAGAAGGCUGCACAAUAAGGGCAAACUACUGUUUAAUUGGAUGAAUUUAAAUAAAAUAUAGGACUAAGACUAUGUGUAAAUGAACUAAGACUACGUGUAAAUGAAAAAUUAAUAUAUUUCAAAUUUAUAGGGUAGUGAUUUUAACAGUACAGCAGGAUUUGACACAUUGUGUAGGCGUGUGAGAGAUGGCAAACAAAUGUGCAUAGAUUUUGAAGAAUUCAUAAAACAAAGGUAUUUACCUGACAUAUAGUAUGAUUGCAUUAUAACAAUGUGUGUUGAGCAUGCAAAUUUAUAUUACAGUUAACCUAUAAUACACCCUUUCAAUAAUUACGUCAUUUGGCCUAGGAGCGUCGCUGUCAUGAAUCAUGAGCCAAUCACUUUGCAUAAUUUACUGAUGAGAGCGAGGCUCCAAGACCAAAAAGUAUGUGUGACGUAAUUAACAAAAGGUUGUAUUGAGAUGUUAUUCUCUACAGGGCUGAGGUUGAAGAAAGAUAUGGCAAAGCAUUGUUAAAACUUGCUAGACCUGGAGAAAAUGGAGUUGAAAUCGGGUAAGCAAGAGCUACAUGUUUUGAAAGAGUUGUAACAUGUCAAAUUACGGGUACUUGAUUGGUCGGUUAGUCAGUUGGUUUUUGUGACCUUGCAUACUUUAGCUCAAUCUUUCCAUUUUAGCACAUUGAAACAAUCAUGGGAUUUGUUAAGGCAAGGUAUGUACUAACUAAAUCCCAUUCUCGUUGGGUAGCUGUGGAAGUUAGGGAGCCGUGGCUAGUGAUGUUACUUCCUUACUAUCAAGGGCCAGCUCAAAAUUCAAUACUUCAAACCUUAGUUGAAUUAAGAAAUCUGGUAUUGCAUGCUAACCCCAAAAAUCACAUUUUAUCUAAGCCUGAAAUUAAUUAAUGGAUGCACUGACUAAUGGAUGCAUUUACCAAGCUCCACUCAAUUGGCUACGGCCAACACAAAAAUAAAAUCUACAAGCAUGGCCAUGCGUUCUUUCUUUUAUACUUCUUCUAGAGACAGAAAAUAUUGGACGUGCUCAUGUUGAGUUCAGUCAACAGUUGAUGGAACAAAUUGAGCGAGGUGUCCGUGAAUUCAGGGAGGAACAAAAGAACAAACGAAAACCGGUAUAACAUAUAUAGGUCUAGAUACACAUUGCUUUGAGCCUCACCCACAAUUAUAGUGCCCGACUAUUAACUUAUAAUAUGCCGUGGUGAUGCGAUUCUUACAGAUUGAAGAUAAUGUGAAAAAAGCUCAGAAAGAAAAAAAGACAUGUUUGGAGAACAAUUUAAAAGUAUGCUUAGUUUGCUGUACAAUUGAUAGAAACUGACCCUAUUUUAAAAGGAAUGUGGUUUUCUCAAUACAGGGGAAAAGAAAUUAUGAACUGAAAUGCAGAGACCAAGAUACUUGUGAAGAAACGUUAAAGAAAUCUGCUUCACAGCAGAGUAGUAAGGAAGAAGAAAAGGUAAUAGGCAAUUAGCUUUUCAUUUUGUAGUUUGGAAGUGAGUUGUUGAGAGAUUGGUCAUAAAAAAGUGGGAAAAACAAAUUUAUUAAUUCUCUUAAUUCUAUCUUAGCUUCGUCAAAGACUAUCAAGGGCAAAAACAGCAAUGGAGAAUGCAGGUAAUUUGAAGAAUUUUGUUCUCCCCAAUUUUCAAUAUUUGGGUUAGUGUGUCUUGCUAAAAAGGAGUCCUUUCUAAUUAGAUACAAACUAUCAAAGUACGGUGAAAUCACUGGAAGAGUCGCGGAAAGAAUGGGAGCGAGAAAUGGCUAUCUGUUGUAAUGUAAGAUACUCGAACUGUUUAUGUUUUAAGCCAGAGAGACAUUGACAGAAAAACAGUGGCAAAUUUGGACGUUACCUUAAUUGUUUCCUUGAAUGACUUAAACAAUGUUGCAAAAAAAGGAAUUUGCUUCGACCCAAGAAAAAAAUGUUUCCAAACAAAUUCAGAAAUAUUUUCUUGUGCAAGUGUAAUUUUUGUUGCUCAAACAUUGUUUUACAUAUUAGUUUGGAGAACACCACAUAUUAUUUAUUUUGCAGACAAUUCAAUGAUUGUAUGUAUGCCUGUACCAUAAAUGCAUUUCAUAACAUAUUAUUCAAUACACCUUUUUAUCUAAAAAAAUUCUAUAUUAAUUUAUAUGUGGAUUCAUAGCUAUUCCUAUUUUGUUGUUCAUUUAGUUAUAUGUAUACAGUAGGUUUAUAAGACUAAAAUUUACCCUUUCUCUAUUUCCAAGACUUUCCAAGAACUGGAAGUGGAGAGAAUUUCAUUUCUGAGAAAUAGUUUUUGGACUUACACAAAUCUUGGAUCAACAAAUUGUGUUAAAGCUGACAAAGUAUGUCUCAGGAGAAAGCUUUAAAUUUACCUAAUGUUAUAAUAGUAGUAUUGUUAAUUAUUAAUAGUAUUAUUAGUAAUAUUAUUAAUAGUAAAGUCAUCUGGUGUUAGACAGAGUAAAAUAAAAACGUUGGGUGUAUUGUAACAGGGAAAUCUGGAAGGUCAAGUUUAUUACUGUAUUUAAGUUAAAAUUAACCCAUUACAGCCCAACACUUCCACUUGACAAGUAGAGUUGUCUGGUGUUGGGCAUGGUGGGGUAAUAACGCAGUGGGCACAUUGCAGCUUAAUAAUGGGUUAAACCCACUGUUGUUUAUGUUUUUAGAAUUAUGAGGAGAUUCGGAAAUCCUUGGAACGUUGUGAUAUUGAUUCUGAUAUUCGCUUGUUUGUUAGUACAAAGCAAACAGGAGGCGAGAGGCCUGGUAAGUGAGUUUAGAUACUGACAUGGGCCAUUGUUGGUGCCAAUUGGCAAAAUGGUUAGGGCUUUAACCAUUGGGGGCAUGCGACUUUAACCUCUGGGACUGUGGUUUGACUGGGAUUUUAUUUUUCAAUUUUACUUCCCUUCAAUAUUUUAACAUUUUUUCUGCAGCUGAAAUUUUGUACGAGAAUUUCUACACAGCACAGAACAAUCAGAAAACAGGUUUACCUUCACAGCAGUGGGCAAAUCACCCCAUGGCAAGAGUUUCUUUACCACCUACCCCAGGUGCUACACCAAAAACAAAUGGUAAGUUAUAUUAUACUGUAGAAUCCUUUUACAUUCAAUAAUGCUUAGGGUCUUUUUAUUGCAUUACAUUAUUGUUGAUUUCAAGUCACUUUACAACAUGCACUCAAUACCAAGUUUGUUGCAAACAUGCCAAAUAAAUGUCCAAGUUCGGAAACAGUGAAGGUAAUACCUUGGGUAUGAGAUUGGUUUCGGAAAUUGGGCAUAAACUUCGCAACAAAGUUUGCAAGUUCAUUUCAACAUUUGAACUUCUAGUGUAACAAAUGUUCAUAGUUGAAAUUACUGUAACAAUUCAAUGGAACGUUCUUGGUCCAGUGGUCUACCAAGAAGGUUUGUAUGUUAUUGAAUUGGUUAUUAUUAAGCUAUGAACAUUAUUCAUUAAUUAUUUACAAAUGAGGUUCAAAACAUUGAAAUGAACUUAUUUCAAUGAACGUCCAAUUUUCAAACUUAGGAACGUAAUUGGCAAGUGGCAACAAAGUUUGGGGCCUGAGUGUUUACAAGGGACUUGGAAUCGACAAUAACAUUACUUACUUACUUAAAAAUUUAUUUAACCACACUGGCCAUACACAACACAUUUGUAAAAAUACAAUGAGUUGAUUUUCAGAUGGGGCAUGUUAUACUUACAAACUAUCUUAACUCACAUCCUAGUAUUCUACAAAUAAUAACUGUAUAUUUUCAGUUCUAGACUACGAUGAUAUAGAAGAUGAUCCAACAUAUUCAACAGUUCAGGAUGUCAAGAAACGGCCCAAACCAACAGUUAAGAAGGUCCGAGCAGACUUUGAUUACACAGCACAGGGCACUGAAGAACUAUCAUUUCAUGAAGGAGAUAUGAUUACAGUUCUACGCCAAGAGGAUGAUACCUGGUGGUGUGGAGAGUUUCGCGGACGCAAAGGAAUGUUCCCUCGAGAGUUUGUGUCAGUCGUGAAGUAGUACAAGACCAAGAAGACGUUUUAUUGAUUACUGUAGUUGAUAUGUAAUAAAAUGAUAUGUUGCAUGCAUUGAUGGACACCGACAGGGAGAGGGCUACCUCCAAAUUCUUUAUGUACAGCAAGUUGCAACAAACAUCUUUUCGCAAGCAUGAAUUGGAAGCCUUAGUUAGUGUUAUUCUAUGCGAACUUGCAUUUCAAGUGGAUUAAAAACUUAUAUAUAUAUAGCUACUGGAAUUGCCAGCAAUGCAUAGAUGGGAGUAUGCCCCUAGAAAAAGGCCUGAUAUUCAGCUUAUUUGCAGCAUUUCACCAUUGAGGAAAUCAUUCACAUAUCUUAGUUCUCCAUGCUUGUGUCAUGUUCAUGAAAUGGUUGCUAUUAAAAACACUUUCUGGUUUGGUAAGCUAUACCUUUGAUAUUCUCAUUCAGACUGGGUCGCCACACAGUGACGUAGCCAGAGUGGAAGUUGGUGA